CACGCACGCCUUCCUCGCGCGUUCCGAGUCGCAGGCCCCAGCCCCGGCCUUUAAAAACCCGUGAGCCCCCGAUACGUCGCUCGCCACGGCAAGAAGCACAGGCACCAUGGCCGGGUACCGGCGCACCAUCUCGUUCCCUACCCCGAAGGCGGCAGCCGCCGCCAACGGCAAGCUCGCGGCGGCCUACCGCGUCCGCUCCGCCAGCCUCCCCUGCCGCUUCCACCCGCUCGUGCUACAGCUCGACGACGACGUCGCCGCGCUGCGCCUCGUGCUCGGCGCGUCCUGCUCGGCGUCCUCCGUCUCCGCGGCCGCCUCGCACAUCGGCCGGGUACUGGCCUCGCUCUCGGACCUGCUCCACCACCCGCAGGCGCAGGAGCCGCUGCGCCGCCUCGGCAUGUCCCCGCUCGCCGAGCGCCUGCUCGACGACUUCCUCCGCCUCGCCGACGCGCACGGCAGCUUCCGCCAGGCGCUCGUCGCGCUCGCGGCGCUCCAGGCCGAGACGCGCGCCGCGCUGCGCCGCGGCGACCCCGGGCGGCUGGCGUCCGCGGCUCGCGCGCAGCGCCGCGCCGGACGCGACCUCCCCCGCCUCGCGGCCGCCGCCCGCGCCGUGGCCACCAAGACUCCCACGCCGCUCCCCGAGGAUCUCCAGCCCGAGACCGCGGCCCUCGGCGCGGCGAUCGCCGACUCGACCGUCGCCGUGGCGUCCGCCUCCGCGGCCGUCUUCUCCGGCGUCUCCUCCCUCUCCAACGCAGCCGCCGCCGCCCGCGUCGAGGUCGCCUCCACGCCGUGCUGGAUCACCGCGCCCUCAAGAUUCUCAUCCGCAUCCGCAUCAGACGCGCCAAGAACCAGCCACCAGCGCGUAUGGUGGGUGGCGGACCUCGUGCGCUGGAUGUCGCGCGCGAAGCGCCGGUCGGCCGGGAAACAGAGCAUCACCAACGACGACGACGCGUCCACUUCCUCUACGGUGCAGCUCCGGCCCGAGGCGCGGAUGAAGCCGGAGGAGCGGGCGCGGAAGGCCGCAUUCGAGCUCCACUACAACCUGGAGCGGUGCAUCGCCAGCGUCGACGGCAGCGGCGAGAAGGUGUUCCGGGCGCUGAUCAACACCAGAGUCUCCCUGCUCAACAUCCUCAGCCCAACCUUCUGAUCCCGCACCGGAACUUUGGGAAACGUUUUGCUUCAGCUUUCGUGGCUUGGACAGGAUUUGUACAUAGUAUAUCGGUAGCAUGUUGUCCCCCGGGCCGGGUCGCAGCCUUUGCGUUCGCCUGCAUCUAUCAACGGAUUUGGAACCUGGCGUUACAAAUCGCGCAAUCUGCAUUUCUUGGCCCGGUUCUUGACAGCAACCCUCUCCCAUGGAACGGAAUGAAUUCGGACGCCGCAUAUUCUUGUUUCUCGCAAAAAUCCACG